UUUUAAUACAUUUGAAUUCAGUCUUUUUGAGAACACCAAGACGAAAACACAUAUGUGUUUCGUUAAAAAGAGAGAAAAUCAUGAAAAAUCUUGUAAAACAUUUGCUGAUCACUUCAGCGCUACUCGUUUUUUGUUUUGAAAAGGCAUUUUCAGCAACUUCACACAGUAAACCAAACUUAGUAAAAGGUACAAUUAUGCAUGAUUCGUUUGUGAAUGCUGGAAAGCAAAAGGGACUGGAGAUAUGGAGAAUUGAAAAUUUCCAGCCGGUACCUUAUCCAAGCAAAGACUAUGGAAAAUUUUAUUCUGGUGAUUCAUAUAUUGUCUUAAAUACAAAAAUUGAUGACAAAGGCAAGCCUUCUUGGGAUAUUCAUUUCUGGUUAGGUCUUGAAACAAGUCAAGAUGAAGCUGGGUCAGCUGCUAUAUAUACAGUUCAACUGGAUGAUCAAUUAGGAGGAGAACCAGUGCAACAUAGAGAAGUCGAAAACCAUGAGUCUCAGCUCUUCUUAAGUUACUUCAAAAAUGGUCUUCGUUAUGAAGCUGGAGGCGUUGCCAGUGGAUUUAAGAAGGUAGAGACUAAUGCAGCAGGUGCAAAACGAUUAUUUCAAGUAAAAGGAAAGAAAAAUAUUCGGGUUCGUCAAGUCAACCUUUCUGUUUCUGCUAUGAACAAAGGCGAUUGCUUUAUCUUGGACAAUGGUAGAGAAAUUUAUGUUUGGGUAGGAAAAGAUUCUAAACGCAUAGAAAAACUUAAAGCAAUUAGUGCAGCCAAUCAAAUUCGUGACCAAGAUCAUGCUGGACGAGCUAAUGUUAUCAUUGUGGAUGAAUUUUCUCCUGAAAUUGAUCAAAUACAUUUUUUCGAGGCCCUUGGUUCUGGUAGCUAUAAUUCUGUUCCUGAUUCUUCGACUUCUGAAGAUGAUGCUGAUUUUGAGCAAAGUGAAGCACGACGUGUCAUGUUAUACAAAAUUUCUGAUUCAGCUGGUGAUUUAAAAAUUGAUACAAUUUCCGAAAAGCCAUUACGUCAAGAAAUGCUAAAGUCUGAUGAUUGUUUUAUUCUGGAUACUGGUAGCAGUAUUUAUGUUUGGGUCGGAAAAAAAGCUACUAAACAAGAAAAAGAAAAGAGUAUGCAACAUGCUCAAAUGUUUUUAAGCACAAAAAAAUACCCAUCAUGGACAGAAAUUCAUAGAACAGUAGAAGGAGCUGAGACUGCACCUUUCAAACAAUAUUUCGCAACUUGGAGGGACUUUGGUGCAUCUCAUAGUAGACUUAUCAGAUCAGCAAUUAGAUCUGAUAUAGAAUCAAAUUCGAAUGAAAUUGAUGAUCAAACUUUUAAAACAUUGAAGAAAUCCGGAGGUCAUGCUUUGGGAUUCAUGCCUGAUCAAGGGAAUGGGGAACGCACUGUUUGGCUGGUGCAAAAUAACAUGCUUAUACCGGUUCCACGUGAUAAUUAUGGAGUUUUUUUUGGCGGAGAUUCGUACGUAGUCAAAUAUGUUUACAAUAAUAAGAAAGGAGCACAGAGUUAUAUAAUUUAUUACUGGCUUGGAAAAGAAUCUAGUGAAGAACAAAAGCUAACAGCUGCUAAUUUUGCAAAUAAAAUAGACGAAGAAGUCGAUGGAAAAUCAAUUCAAAUAAGAAUUGCUCAUGGCUAUGAAACUCGACACUUUUUGAAAAUUUUCAAAGGCAAGUUAAUCAUCAAAAGUAGUGGUCAUAUUGCAGAACUGAAAAAUGUAUUCGAAACCGAGGGAACGACAUUGUAUCGUGUUCGAGGAACUUCGUCAGACGAUGUUCGAGUAGAGCAACUAAAAGAGGUUUCAAAUAACUUGGCAUCAGAUGACGUUUUCAUACUGAUAACCCUUGGAACAAAUUAUAUUUGGUAUGGAAAGGGAGGCUCGAAAUUCGAAAAAGAAAUGGCACAUAACAUUGUAAAAAACUUGAAGUCUACUAAAAACAUUAUUACUUUGGAAGAAGGAAAAGAACCUGAUGAGUUUUGGCGUGUUUUGGGAGGCAAAUUACCCUACGACACUGAAAUUGAUCCAGCAGGUGCGCCUUUGUUGGAAAUUAGAAUGUUUCAUUGCAAGAUAUUAUCAAAAUCAAAGAAAAUUAAAUUUGAGGAGAUCUUAAAUUAUGAGCAAUCUGAUUUAGCAGAAGAUGAUGUGAUGCUCUUGGAUGGUGGAGAUGAAAUAUAUAUAUGGAUUGGCGUAGGGACAACCAGUGAAGAAAAGAAAAAAUCAAUGUAUAUGGCAAUGGCAUAUCUGAUGACUGACCCUACAGAAAGAAAUGAAAACACUGCACCAAUUAUAUUAAUUCAUCAGCACUUUGAGAAUCCUGGAUUCAAAAAUCUUUUCCCGUCAUGGAAUGACAGUUUUUGGUAAAAAUAAUUAUAAAAAGUUUGGUUGGUCUUUGCAAAAAAUAAAAUAAUAAUAAUUUAAUUCUAAAAACUUAACAAAAAAAAUGUGUUUCUAAAAAAAAAUAUAGUUUUCUUGUUUCUGCUUGUCAAAUAAGAAAGUUUAUAAAAUACCUCUACAAACUUAUCACAGCAUAAAAGUUUCGAAGGAGAGAAAAUUUUCUGAAAAUAAAAUAUGUAUAAAUUAAUAAAAAUGAAAAUAAAUAAAAUAUUU